AUGAUCAACUCCACACAGGUUACAUUUUUCACCCUCAGUGCCUACGUUGACACCGGGAUUUUCAAAUACUUCUACUUCCUGAUUGUUCUGGCGGUUUAUAUUGCAACUCUCAGUGCUAACGUUUUAAUCAUCGUGGUGAUCUGCAUUACCAGGAGCCUCCAUGAGCCCAUGUACCUGUUCCUGCUCAGCCUGUUUGCUAAUGAACUGUAUGGGAGUACAGGCUUGUUUCCAUUCCUGCUGGUUCAGAUCCUCUCUGACGUUCACACCAUUUCUUAUUCACUCUGUUUCCUGCAGGUUUUCUGUCUGUACUCUUAUUCAACGAUUGAAUUUCUGACCAUAGCCGUAAUGUCUUACGACCGACAUCUCGCCAUCUGUUAUCCUCUGCAAUAUAAAACACGCAUGACGUUUAACAAGAUCAUGUUUCUUAUUGCUUUAACGUGGGCAUAUGCUUUCUUUAUCAUGCUUUUAAUGGGCUUCGGUCUGACUGGCAGUUUGCAGCUGUGUGGGAACAUCAUCAACAAAGUGUACUGUGACAACUACUACAUUGUGAAGCUGGGCUGCUCUGACACCACCGUCAAUAACGUGUUUGGACUGGUUCACAUGUUCACCGUCAUCUUUGGUCUGAUCGUGUUUAUCCUCUACACGUAUCUGAGGAUCCUCAAAGUGUGUUUUUCUGGCAGCAAACAGACCAGACAGAAAGCCGUCAGCACCUGUGUACCUCACCUGGCUUCCCUCAUCAACUUCUCCUGUGGGGUUUUCUUUGAGAUCGUACAGAGCAGGUUUAAUAUGACCGCCGUGCCCAACACGCUGCGUGUUUUCUUAUCAUUGUACUUUCUCACGUGUCAGCCGCUCUUCAACCCGGUACUGUACGGGCUCAGGUUGUCCAAAAUACACGACACAUGUAGGAUUCUGUUUGUUAGGAAAAAACAACAAACAUGA